CCCCAGGCCGCGCGGCUCUGGGUCUCGUGGCCGAGCGGACUCGGGGAGGUCGGCUGGGGACGAGUCCUCCUGGAAGCCCCAGCGAUGGCCUCGCCGAACAACAGACCCCUCUAGGCAACAGACGGAGCCAGGGCUCACAGCCCCGCCUUCCCGAGGCGGAGGCCUCCUCGUAGGCGCCUUAAAUUCCCGCUGCCGUCACCGCGCGGGCCACCAUGUUCAGCCACCAGCAGCAACUGCAGCAGCAGCAGCAACUACUGCAGCUCCAGCAGCUGCUCCAGCAGUCCCCACCGCAAGCCCCCCUGCCCAUGGCCAUGAGCCGCAGCCUCCCCCAGCAGCAGCCCCAGCAGCAGCUCCUGAACCUCCAGGCCACCUCCCUCCUCAAUGGCUCCAUGCUGCAGAGAGCUUUGCUUUUGCAGCAGUUGCAAGGACUGGACCAGUUUGCAAUGCCACCAGCCACGUAUGACAGUGCCGGUCUCACCAUGCCCACGGCAACACUGGGCAACCUCCGUGGCUACAGCAUGGCAACCCCAAGCCUCACAACCCCUAGUAUUACACCGUCCCAGCUGGGUCCUCCCAAUCUGCAGCAGUUCUUUCCCCAGGCCACUCGCCAGUCUCUGCUGGGCCCCCCUCCUGUUGGGGUCCCUAUGAACCCCUCGCAGCUUAAUCUCUCAGGGAGAAACCCCCAGAAACAGACCCGGACCCACUCUUCCAACACCCCCAAUCGCAAGGAUUCUUCUUCCCAGACAAUGCCUGUGGAAGAUGGGGCAGACCCCCGAGAGGGGUCUGAAGAAGCUGAAGAGUUCAGAAUGGACACACCCGAAGACCAAGAUUCGCUCCCCUGCCCAGAUGGCAUCAUGAGUGAGAAACUCACUCCCACACCUGAACCUGAACCUUGUGAGGUGACUGAGCCACUGGCCAAGAGGUUGAGGAGCUCAGAGAGGCCCACAGAGAAGGGGCCUCCAGGGCAGUCACAGGUGAAGGUGCAGCCGCAGGCCCGGAUGACAGUGGCCAAGCAGACCCAGACACCAGAACUGCUGCCUGAGCCACCGGAAGCCCGAGUGCUGCCCCGAUUCCAGCCACGGGUCCUGCAGAUCCAGGCCCAGGUGCAGCCCCAGACUCCACCACAGAUGCUACCUGUGGACACCCAGGUGCCGCUGAAGCUGCAGAAGCAGGCACAAACACAGACCUCCCCAGAGCACUUAGUGCCGCUGCAGAAGGAGGCAGAGCCACAGAAGCAGGUGCAGUCACAGGCCUGUGCCCAGCCCCCAAAGCAGGGGCAGCUGCAGCUGCAGAAGCAGGCCCAGACCCAGACGUAUCCACAGGUGCCUAGCCAGGGCCAGCUGAGGGAGCAGCCGCAGGAGCAGCCCCCAGAGCAGCCUUCCACGCAGGUGCCUGUACAGCCACCGGAGCAGACCCAGGGCCACCCUGAGACCCAGGUGCAGGGGUCGGUGCCCACCCCAGAGCGAGUGCCGAUGUCUGUGCAUGCCACCGUGCUGGGGACACCAGCUCAUGCCAUAGGAGAGGCUGGGGGAGGCAUGAAGGAGGCGUCACCGGAACCGGUGGGGGCCCAGGUUGGGGUGGCAGCCAGCCAGGAGUCAUCAGCCGGUGGUACGCACGCAGCAGAAUGUGAAAAAAGAGCACGAGAGAUGCUUGGGGUGUGGGGCGCUGGGGGCUCCCUGAAGGUCACCAUCCUGCAGAGCAGCGACAGCCGGGCCUUUAACACUGCACCCCUCACGCCUGGGCCCCGUCCCGGCGACUCUUCCUCUGCCACCCCUGUGGCCACCAGCACACCCUCUAAGCAGGGCCUUCACUUCUUCUGCUAUGUCUGCAAGGUGAACUGCAGCAGCCAGCAGGAGUUCCAGGACCACAUGUCAGAGGCCCAGCACCUGCAGCGGCUCUCGGAGCUCCAGCACAUGAACCAGGCGUGCCUCCUGUCCCUGCUACCCAUGCCCCGGGAUGCCCUGGAGAGAGAGGAAGAGCCACCUCCCAGGCGCUGGUGCAACACCUGUCAGGUAUACUAUGUGGGGGAUCUGAUCCAGCACCGCAGGACACAGGACCACAAGGUCGCCAAACAGUCCCUGAGACCCUUCUGCACUAUUUGCAACCGCUACUUCAAGACCCCCCGCAAGUUUGUGGAACAUGUGAAGUCCCAGGGGCACAAGGACAAAGCCAAGGAGACACUCGAGAAGGAGACGGCUGGCCAGGAUGAGGACCACUUCAUCACAGUGGAUGCCGUGGGCUGCUUUGAGGGCGAUGAAGAAGAGGAGGAGGAGGACGAUGAUGAAGAGGAAGAGGUUGAGGUUGAGGAAGAACUCUGCAAGCAGGUGGCUGGGUUGAAGUGCAAAGAUGGCUCAGGAGAGGAGCGGAAGGGCUUGGAGACCUACAGCUCCAGCACUGUGUAUGGUAAGACCCAAGCUCCGAGCCCACCAGUGGGGACAGUGGUCCCACCUCCAGGUGACCCCCCAGGUCCCAGCCGCUGCAUUCCAGCCAGCCAACCUGUCCUCUUCUGCCCCCACCUAGACGGUGGGUGUGGGGUAAGUGGGCCCCAGAGGGGGCAGGACACCUGGCUGGUCCUGAGGACUUGUGUACAUGACCCUGCCCUUGUAGGUGUGGACUUCCUGGUACCCGUGAUGGGCUACAUCUGUCACGUCUGCCGCAAAUUCUGCCAUGGCAGCUCCAGGGCGCGGCUCUCCCACUGCAAGUCGUUGGCCCACUUUGAGAACAUGCAGAAACACAAAGCAGCUGAGAGCUCCGGCCCCACGUCCCGGCCCGUGAGCCGCCAGUGCGCCAUCAAUGCCCGCAAUGCGCUGACUGCACUGUUCACCUCCAGUGUUGGCGGUGGCCGCUCGCCCAGCCAGUCCAGCCCCCAGGACAAGGCCAAAACCCCCAGCAAGGUGACGCCUGGAUCCCAAUCCCCUAAUCCCCCUCCCCGGCCUCGGCGCUCGAGCCGCCUCAAAACCUGAAAGCUCAAGCUCCUUGUGUCUGGGUCCAGAUCUGUUCAUGCUUUUAGGAUUUUGUGUGGAAAUGAAUGUGCUUGAUGUUUUUACUCAAAACACAAUAAAAGAUAGUUUGGAUGCACAGUG